GAAGAACACCAGCGGGGAUUUUGUUUUUAGUCUCCUUGGCUUUUAUAGACUGUCAUCAUGCUUAAGGAGCUAUAUGCGGGAUUUAAUUUUAAGGCCUUUUUAGCUGAGCUAGUAGCAACCCUCAUAUUUGUUCUUGUUGGCCUGGGUUCAACGCUAUCAUGGUCAGGAGCUACACCAACUGUCUUACAAAUAGCCUUCACUUUUGGCUUGGGAAUAGGUACAAUGGUACAAACUAUGGGCCACAUCAGCGGGGCCCACAUUAACCCUGCUGUAAGUGUAGCACUUCUCGUUGGGGCCCGAAUAUCUCUGGUCCAGACCUUUUACUAUGUGAUCGCUCAGCUACUGGGAGCUGUCAUAGGAGCUGCUUUACUGUAUGAGUUUGCACCACCUGAAGUCAUUGGAGGAUUUGGACUGAAUCAGCCAAGUAACAAUACAUCACCCGGACAAGCACUGGCUAUAGAAAUCAUUCUUACAAUGCAGCUGGUCCUCUGUAUCUUUGCUACAACGGACAGCCGGAGGACGGACAACAUUGGUUCUCCAGCCAUUUCCAUAGGACUGUCAGUGGUACUGGGACACUUACUUGGGAUUUAUUACACUGGAUGUUCCAUGAAUCCAGCACGGUCCUUUGCUCCAGCUUUGAUUAUAGGAAACUUCAAUUACCAAUGGAUUUUCUGGGUGGGACCGAUAACAGGAGCAAUCUUGGCAUGCUUGAUUUAUGACUAUGUCUUCAUCCCUCACUCAAUAAGCCCCAGUGAAAGACUGGAAAUCCUACGUGGCAACAUUAUGCAGGAAAAUGAAAAAGAAGAGAGACGGAAACAAUCUGUAGGCCUCAAUUCUCUUUACAGCCAAUCAAAUAACAGGGAAAAAAUGUGAAAUCCUAUUCUGUAUUUUUUUUUGGUCAUUUUUUUGCAGUGAAUAUAUUGUAUUGUACAGAAUAUGUUGAGAUAUUAACAAUGGUAAUAUAGUUUGGUUACAGAUCAUAUGGUUACACUGCUACAUGUCAGACCAUGCCAGGUGGCCUGUAGGGAAAAAAAAGGCUAUCCCUAGCUACAAAAUGUUAUACUUUAUGAGAUGAAAAAUCAACACAUUUACACAUCGUUGUGUUAGAGCAUGUUUGAUGUACUAACUAUACAUCUUUAUAACGUUUGAAUAUAAGAUAUUGCAGUGAUGAACAUGCUUCCGAUCAUUUAUAUUUUAUUAUUCAUUUUAUGAAAGGGUUGCAUGAAAUUAGAGAAAUCCAUCGUCUUCAUACCAGAAACAGCACCACACCUGCCCACUGACUGUGAGUGGUAUUGCAGCUCAGCAUCAGUCACUUAAAUGAGGAUGCACAAAAGUGGAUCUGUUUCUGGUAGAAAGCAGCCAUAUUUUUCUAAUAUUGAAGAACACAAAGAUUUUAGAACAAAGACUUUUGAUAUUAAAAUAUUAACAUAUCAGGGAUAUUAUAUUACUAUCCCAGUGUAUUGCAGCUAAAAUAUUCUUAUAAUUUACAGUAGGGGUAAAAUGUGUUUUUCCUUACUUUUCCUCUUGGCUUCAAACAUUACAAGAUGAGCAGCGCAGAAUGAUCAGAUCACCAAUAUUGGUCAUAUCUCACAAACCACCUUGGGGUAUCUCGAGCCAUGAGGAAGGUAGGGAAGGAUAUAUCUGUACUAUAUAACAUGCAAUCAUAUAUAAUGUAUAUUCGAUCUGACAUUAAAGACUAUGUACACCUUCAGAGACAAUUUUUUUAUGAUUGCAUUUUACUCAUUUUUGGCUA